AUGUCUCUUAAACGUAAAGCCUCGGUUUCAGACUUGUCCUCCAACAAGACGCCGAAGAAGGGUCGAAGGUCUCUGGAAGACACUCAGCCAAAAGUCUACGGGUUCGGAGGGGCGCAGAAGGACGAAUAUGUCUCAGAAGUUGACCCAAUGGAAGGUGUAGAUCAGCCGAGGAUUGCGGAAGAGACUCUUCGAUUGGGCGUGGUAAACAGCACGAUGCGACCAAGAGAGGAGUUGGCUAGAUUGUUAGCUUUGUAUGAUGGAGAGCCAGAUGACAAAGCCAAGCGAUGGACAGAAUUGGUUUUCAUCGUGUUCGCUAAGGAAAACUUCAAACAGGACCAUUCGGGUCCGCCAGGCUGGUCUACCACGACUGGUCCGCUCACGAAUGCACAGCUUAGGGACGCAUACUGCGCACAGUUUGAUAAGGAGGUAGGCGCUGAAGCCGCCAUGAAACGAUAUAGAAAUGACAAACAAAAGGUAUACAAUGCUUUCCAUGAGCAUCCACGGACCAUCACCUACGCACCGAGGCAGAGGAAAGCAAAGCAGCAUAGAUCCAAAGAGAAGAAGCCGGAUAUUUUUGAGGAAGUAAGUGUCGAUGACUUCGCCGCGAGCGACCUCAACAAGUUUGACGCUCAUGAAGGCGUAGGGGAUGAGAGCAACCUGGAACACAUCCUGGAGCACACAGAGGAAGCCGGAAAGCAACAAAAUCCCGUUCCGACUCACGUUCUUGUAGAGCAUAGACGGAGCGUGGAGGCCAACGAUAUGCGUCGAUACGUGGAGGACAGUUGGGGGAUAGGUGAGGACAAACACAAGCCGUGGGUAAGUAUAAGGCUUGCUGAUAGCUUUCACCGUCUCAUGGGAGCGGCUUCGGUUCCUACGGAGCACUUGAGGACUUCUCGAGCAUACCUCGAGCUUUGCAUGCAUACGAACGUUCGAGAGAUUUGGUUGACAGGCGUCUCGCGUCUUACACUGCAGCGCUACAUUCAGUGCCUUUCUCCGGUGCGUUUGUGGAAGCUCCCGCAGUUUGAUUUUGCUUUGAGGUUUCGGGAGUAUCACCCUGCUAUGGCUGGCUCGUCCUGUAAGCGUGUUGUUUGGAAUUUCGAGGCAACACUCGACCUCUAUGAGCUUGCCUCGCAACUUCGAGACUGCCAUGUGAGGAAUCUCGUUCUAGAGCACUGGCGAGCGCAGUUGCAAGCAAAUGACACAUACGAAGUUGGUCUCGUCGAGAUGCAGCUGUUGUAUGAUCGCCUUACGAUCGACGACCCCGCGCUCCAGUUCUGGACUCAAGCACUUCAAGACUUGCUAACUUCCCACGAAGCCAGGAUGGAUGUCGAUCUAGUCGAUAGCGACUCCGCCACUUCCUUCUUCGUCACGAACAAACACAAAGACAAAGGCGAUGACGCAUUCCAUUCCCAGUAUCAUCGUUGCCGCCAUCUGGAUCAGAAGAAUGAGAAGUGCCACUAUUCCCAAAAUCAUCAUACAGAGGCAUUGUAUUCUCUGGAUGACUUCAAUGCUAUCGCAGUACGUCUGCUCCUUUCAGAAGGCUGGCCGGAACAGGAUGAGCACGUGCAGAGCGCGGCAAUCGUUCUCAAGAAAGAGUUUUUCAACAAGUACUCGUCGUUGUACGAUGGAACUGCCGCUGUGCAAGAUUAG